AUGACAAAGCCAUACAAACGAGUACCCAUAGGGAGUCAUGGUGAUGGCAUCGUCUUUAAUGCUGGACAAAAUGAUGAAGCAUUUCUUCUUGAAAACACAAUAGUUUUGCAAAAUGGCGAAUCUAAGGUCACCGGGAUUGUUAAUUUUCUGGCAAAAGAAACCAACAGUUCUCCGGGAUUUUGUCGCCUGCAGCUCCUUCCUGGAUUAAACUUUCAGAAUAAUAUAUAUACUGAAGAAAAUGGUGUCAAAUUCUUAUCGAGUGAAAAAUUUAUCCACAUGUGUCUUGAACUUUCAAGGAGAAAUUCUAGUGCCGAGAGUCCAUUUAUUGUGACUAAUGCUUUGAGACUUGAUUACUGUUUACCAUUUAAAACAUGGCCAGACUGUGCAGAGGAAUGGUUGUAUCGAGAGAGACCACGGUGCUGGCCUUCAGCAGCUCUGGUAUCGAAAAUUAAGGAUACAACUUGCUACUGUGAACCCAUAGAAAAUGGGCAAUCAUUACAUCCAAACUUGGAAUGGAGAAUUUCAUUUGCAGUAGCAGAGACUCUGUUGAUUAGAUCAAUGGGUGACACGAUUUUUAAAUUGUAUCAAAUCUUAAAGAUUCUUGCCAGAGAAAAGAUCAAUACAGAGAUUGGGUGCCAAAAUAUAGUUUCGUCUUAUGUGAUCCGAACUACGCUUUACUGGGUUUGCGAAAACGGGCUUCCAAAUAUUAUCAGCGAAAGUAAUUUUGAAUUUUGUCUGCUUUUCUUUAUCAAUCAACUUGAGAAAUGGAUUAAAGACGAUUUCUGUCCACAUUAUUUUAUUCCCGAAAGAAAUAUUUUCGAAGCUUCUGUUUCGCCUCAUAGUAAGGCUUGCCUUUUGGAAUGUUUAAGUGACAUUAAAAGUGAUAUAUUUUCAGCUGUUUUAGAAUUACCGUCAUUUGAAAGACUGAAAUUGGCCCACGAAGAAGGAACUGUUAUAACCUUGCCUUCUCUUGAGGACAUUAAGUUAUGGAAGGAAAUUUCAGUAUUCAAUUACGCCUCAGGAAUCUCUUACUGUGUCCUUCAUAGCAGAUAUGCUUUUGAAAUUUUGGAAAACAUGGAAACAACGUUUGCUGCAAACUCGCAGAAAUUCUCGGAAAUGCAAUUAGCUUUUCUGAAAGUUCUAUAUUAUCCUCUUGCAAAAGCAACUGGUACCAUUCUCUACAAUAGCGUUGUUAAGAUAUCCCAUAACAAAUCUAUGUACUGUGGACUUCGAUUAAGCAAAAGACUUUCAAUACUUGGCACCAAAUGUGACGUCAUUUCCGGACGUUUGUCACUAGCAACGUUCCAUUAUCUUUGUGGACAAUAUAAAUUAUGCAUUGGUUUAACGGACUCCGUUUUGAGAGGAAUUCAACCUUUCACUGUUUACAACAGAAAAGAUUAUGGUAUAAUACAGGGUGACGGUCGUUUGGAGGCUUAUUCCGAAGUUAUCCUUAACGCAUCAAUACCUCUCAACAAAAAAAUGCAAAGAGCAUUUUUGAAUGACUUUGAGAUCUUUAAAGAGGGACCUGUCAUUCCAUCACAUUUAUGUUUAGAAAUUGAAUUUUUCCUUGAUCCGCCAGCAUCAUCUUUUCUUCCAGCAUUAGUUUAUAUCCAUUUCCUACGCUUUCUGUCAUUCCACGAGAUGAACAAUGAAAGUGAAAUGCGUUCCAGCCUUUUAGUCUUGCGGACUAUAUCCUAUGACGAUGAACAUGGAGGAAAUUUAUAUAUCGCCUCCAACAUGAUCGGCAUUUGUGAAAUGAUGAGUGGAAAUAUCCAAAUGGCUAUUAAAUAUUUUGGCCAGGCUGCAUUAAGUUUAAAACGGGCCAAUAUUUUAUACCACAAAAAUACUGGUUUAUUGAGAAUUGCUCUCCUUCUGAACUCGAGAGUCAAUAUGUGA